UUCAGCUGGAGUCGGUGGCGGUAGUGCGUCUGGGCUGCUGUAUGCAAGCUAUCAUAAAACAUGAAGAAGGAGACGUCGACGACGAAGAAGAAGGAGAGCCAAUGUUAGGUUUUCAAUGGAAACUGAAAGCAAUUACGACUCUUAAAAGACAGAGACACUGAUCUCCUGGAGAACUGGUUGACUUGUCAAAACAAGAGUUUAGAUUAAAAAGAAAGAGGCAAACCCUGCAGAUGGCUGGUUUUCUGGAUAACUUCCGCUGGCCAGAGUGUGAAUGCAUCGACUGGGGGGAAAGGAGGAACACGGUGGCUUCUGUUGUGGCUGGAGUUCUGUUUUUUACAGGUUGGUGGAUCAUGAUUGAUGCAGCAGUAACAUAUCCAUCCCAGCAGAUGAACCAUGCCUUCCACACGUGUGGCGUCUUCUCCACGAUAGCAUUCUUCAUGAUUAAUGCAGUCUCCAAUGGUCAGGUGAGAGGGGACACGUAUGGAGAAGGCUGUCUUGGCAGAACAGGAGCUCGUCUCUGGCUCUUUAUCGGCUUUAUGAUGAUGUUUGGUUCGCUCAUCGCCUCCAUCUGGAUUCUGUUCGGCGGUUAUGUGGUGCCAAAGGUAGAGGUUGCACCAGGAUUGGCUGUGUUCUUUCAAAAUGCCUUCAUCUUUUUUAGCACUCUGAUCUACAAGUUUGGACGGACUGAAGAUUUAUGGGGUUAGAAGAUCUUUCUCUCAUUUAUUUACACGUCUUUCAAAUGAUUUGUAACCAGUGGUUUUAAAUUUAAAGGCUGUAGAACCUGCACCCUUAAUACAGUGUUUUGGCAGUUGCAGUGAUUUUAAAUUGAGAUCCAUCAGCGCUUCUCUACACACACACACACACACACACACACACACACACACACACACACACACACACACACACACACAUAUUAUGUUUUUCUAUCAUUGUGGGGACUUACCAUUGACUCCCAUUCAUAUCUAACCCCUAACCCUAACCCUAACCUUAACCAAACCCUAACCCUAACCAAAACAAUGCCUAACCCUAAAGAAACGUUUUGCACUUUUACUUUUUUCAGUAACAACAACAUGGCCAAGAAAACACUGUUUAAACUUGUGGGGCCCGAAAUGAGGUCCCCACAAGUGACAUAGUUUUCGGUUUUCCUACCGUUGUGGGGACAUUUGGUCCCCCGCAAUGUAGCAAAAGCUAGAACACACAAACACACACACACACACACACACACACACACACACACACACACACACACACACACACACACACACACACUAUUAUAUAGUGUUGUAGCCACUGUUAAUAGUUCUGAACACUUUUAGUGACUUAAAUGGUGUAGAAAUAGCUCUGUCAUUUGUUUAGAUGCAUUUGCAUCCACUCUUUUUUGUUCAUACUGUACUGUGUACUGUAGUGUGCUAUUUUUGAGAAAAACACUUCAAAUUGUUUGUAUUUUAAUUUAAGAAUUCCUGUUUGUUGUUAAGGACACUGGUUCAUUUACUUUUAUUGUAUCAGACACAUUUCAAGUGUGAGUUCAUGUCAUCAUUAUUUAAAUAUGAUGAAGGGUUCAGUGUAAUUUUACUGUAGUGAGUCAGAAAGGGAAAUCAUUCUUUGGAUGGGGUGUCUAUUGAUAAAAACAUAUUUGAGGUGGAUGUGAGAACAAACACACGACAGAGGGAACAGAGCCCUUUCUGCGGUCUCUUCUGAAGCUGCUCAUAUUGUAUGCUUGUAUAUUGCAAUUCAACACAUCCACUGGGUUAUAGCUUCUUUUGGAUAAGCUGUAAGCGUUUGUCUUUUCACAUGUCUGAGUCCUUAUAGAGUCAGUUUUCUGUUGUUGUUCUGCCUCAGGAUGUUUUUUGAAACCGUUCUGUCCUUUUGGACUAUUUUCUUGUUUUGUUCUUGUUUUUACUAGAACAUGUCCUCGACAGUGAGAUGUAUGUAUUGAGAUGCUUGCCAUUUUUUCUGUAGCCAUUUUAGUGUUUAUGUAUAGAACAAAUCUUCUGAAGCCAUCAAUCAGCCUUUGUAGAAACUGUAUUAAAGGACUGCUUGCUACCAUAUAGAGGCAUUUUUAUAUUCAAUCAGAUGCCUCUCCACACUAACUCUUUGAACCACAUGAAGUAAAAUAAGACUGGGUUACUGACCAUCUUCACCACACUUCACUUUUUCAAUAAUUUUAUGCCAAGAGUGAAAAUAAAGAAAUUGUUGGGGUUUUU